CCGGCCCGCUCGCCUGUCAACCUCCCCGCCGGCAUCCGCCGCCCGCCGGAAGCGCUGCCCGUCGCCGGGGGAACACCGCCCCGCCCCGCCCGCCGCCGCACACCGUCCGGGCGCGCCCGCCGCUCCCUCGCACCGUUCCGCGGGCAUGGAGCGCCCCGGCCUCGGCAUGUUCCCUGCGGGCGGCGGCGGGCCGGGUCCCGAGGAGUCGCUCGGCGCCGCCUGCCCGGCGCUGCGGAGCCUGCCGCCCGGGCUGGCGCUGGGGCCGUCGUUGUCCCGGGCGCGGGGCACGGGCGUGUGGUGCGUGGGCCGGGCCCUGCCCGCCGGGGCGCUCCUAGGGCCGCCCGGCGGGGCCUGGGAGGAGGCGGCGGGGCCGGGCUGGAGGAGCCUGGUGCAGCGGAGCCCGAAGGAGGCGGAGGCCAACGUGGCGCUGGGCUGGGCGGGCGGCCGGCUGCAGCUGCGGGCGCGGCGGCCCAUCGCGGCGGGCGCGGAGCUGCUCUACUGGCCCGAGGAGGCCCGCGGGGCCGCGGCGGAGGAGCGGCGGCCGGACGGAGGCGAGGGGAUAGCGGCGCCGCGGGAGGCCGGGCCGAGGGGGCGGCCGGCGGCCGUCGCGGAGGCGGCGGUGGCGGUGCAGGGGGACGGGGCCUCUCCCGGCGGGACGGCGGCGGAGCCCCUCGCAGGGGAUCCCGAUGUCUCCAGGGUGGUAGCUGACGAAACCACAGUCCUUGAUGUCCCUAUUGAGGUUAGCAGGCUGGCCGCCAAACCUUUCCACAGGCUGCAAGAACAGGAAAGCACAACUUCUGAACGUGAGCCAUGGCAAGCCGGGGUGCUGAGGACCGAAAAUCAGCACCUCAAGCCCAUCUCAACUGUUAAGGCCAAUGGCAGGUGCAAGGAAGAAUUGGAUGAGGGUGUGGAUCCCAGAUCUGCAGCAGAAAAAGUGGAGAUGGGGCAUAAAGAGGCAUGUGCAGGAGACCUGGAUCUGUUGUCGCCCUCAAGCGGGAUUCGACUCAGUGCUCGCUUGGUUGGUAAGCCAUGCAAGGUGCAUGCUCUGGCCAGCCAGCUCCAGAAGUGCCUGCAGGACUGCGAUGGCAGGACAGCUGGGCAGGAAUCCCAGCAGCCCAGUCCUUCUGAAGGAGAGAGUGUAGAGACUUGUGAGAAAGAGAGCAAAACUUCCAAAGACUCCAAACUAGCAUCGCCAGAGCAUGGGGGAAAGGGCCCACUGGAGGGGCCCAAGAGGCAGGAGGAGUAUAUGGAGCUAGUGGAGGGUCAUUCUGGCAGCCCAGGCCCCUCGCCAAAGGCUCUGUCCCAGAAGGAGAUGGUCAAGCGCAAGUACCGCUGUGGGGAGUGUGGCAAAGCCUUCCUGCAGCUCUGCCACCUCAAGAAGCACCACUUUGUCCAUGCUGGCCAUAAGCCCUUCCUGUGCACGGAGUGUGGCAAGAGCUAUAGUUCAGAGGAGAGCUUCAAGGCCCACGUGUUGGCCCACCGGGGUGUGCAGCCUUUCCAGUGCAGCCAGUGCGACAAGGCUUACCGCACCAAGCGAGACUUGCAGGAGCACCAGGUCCUGCACACCGGUCAGCGCCCCUUCUCCUGCGAGCAGUGUGGUAAGGCCUUUGCACGCCGGCCCUCUCUCCGCAUUCACAGGAAGAUCCACCUGGCCACUGGGACUGGCCCGGCUGGUCCCAAGGGAUGCCAGUGUGCCAUAUGUGGACGUCACCUGGCCAACCCCGGCUCCUUGCGCAACCACAUGCGCCUGCACACGGGGGAGCGCCCUUACGCUUGUCCCUACUGUGGCAAGGACUUCCGACAGCAGAGCAACCUGCGUGAGCAUCUCCGGCUGCACACAGGCGAGAAGCCCUAUAAGUGCCACUUCUGUGGCGACGCCUUUCCCAAGCUGCCAGAGCUGCGACGACAUCUCAUCUCCCACACGGGUGAGGCCCACCUGUGCACUGUCUGCGGCAAGGCGCUGCGGGACCCCCACACACUGCGUGCCCACGAGCGCUUGCACACAGGCGAGCGCCCUUUCCGCUGUGAGCAGUGUGGCAAGUCCUACACCCUGGCCACAAAGCUGCGGCGCCACCAGAAAUCCCACCUGGCUGACAAGCCCUACAAAUGCAAGCUCUGUGGCAUGGGCUACACCCUUCCCCAGAGCCUUGCACGCCAUGUGCUCACCCACAAGGCAGAAAAGGACCCCAAGGAACUCACUGCUGCAGUGGCCUCUCUUGCUGUGGACCUACCCCAGGCAGCAAGGAAAAGGCCUCAGAGGAAGGGCCACCAGGAGGAGGUUGCGGCAGAGCCCACCUUGCUCAUGGUGGAGGUGCCGGGGCCAGCAAAUGAGGCCGAGUUGCUGAUCACAGCAAGCGGUCACUGCAUUGCUGCUUACCAGUCUCAAGGCAGCCCCCGAGAUCCCGGGGCACACGGGAGGCCCAUUGGGCAUUUGCCAUCAGCAAAGGACAUCAUUGAAAUCACCAUCUCCGAGCAUGAGGACAAGUGCAUUAUAGUGCAGGACAAGGGCUCACCGAGUGAUGUGGUCAUCGUCCAGGAGGGGGUAGGCUUUGGAGCAGUGGCAGAAGUGGUGGAGGUUGAGACCGGGACCUGACUGUCCCAGCCUGCCCCGGCUGAUCUUAUGUACUUAUUAAAAUGGGGUGAAAAACAAACAAAAAACCUAGCUCUCUUGUCUCUCUGUAGCAACAAGGGCCCGUGGCUCACCCCCAGGCAGAGCUGGCAGUCUUGGAGGUAACUGCCUGUGUAGACCUGGGUCUUUUCAGUAGCUGCCCCUUGGAACUAUGAGCCUACGCAUCGCACAUGCCGGGCCUGGUGCAGGGGAAGCAUUGGCUGUUGACAGGAAUAACUUCUGAGAGAAGACACCCACAGCGUUAAUGAGCAGUGUGUCUGCUCUGCCUCUGUUACGCUGUCAGUGGGUGACAGUGCAUCGUGGGGAAGGCAGGAAAAGUCUCAAAGCAGCGGCUUUGAACAAUGCCUUCCUUUCAAGUUUUCCUUUAUUUAAUUGUUGCUAUUCUGGUACUUUCCUGGGCUUUUACUCUUGGAGCUCAGCAGCACUUAUCAUCUGAAGGUGAUGCUGAUGCCAGACAUUGCUGGGAAGCAGCUUCCCAAGCGUUUACAAGAUGUCUCUCUUGUGGGUGUUUUGAAGAGCAUUUUUCACAGUUAGCAGAAGCAAAGUCCUGCCUUGGAGCUAGGGUUGAGUGUUCUUUCUCCGCUGUCACCUGGUUUGCCUGGCAUCAGCUUCCUGGCAGUGACUGGACGGUCUGUCUGAGGACACGAAAGGAUAGCUUUGUGUCUCAUUGUGCAAAUAGCAUUGUACAGUCAAACUCUCACUGUCCCCAGUAAGGGUUGAACUGUUCAUCUUGGUAUGCUCAGAACAUUUUGCCCUUCCCCUCCACAUUCAAGUUGGGUUCAUUAUUCUGUUUCCCUUUCUCACAUUCUUGCUUCCUCUAUUCCAUGUUGUUCCUGCGCUUGCACCAAAAAGCUAAAAGACAGCACCACCACAGCUACACCCCAGUGUUCCCACUGCUCCAUCUUCAGUGCUCAUUUGCCAACUGAGGCACGAUGAAGGAAACUGAUCCCGUUUCAGGAAGGAAGGGCGCAGUUCCCAAUGCCACGUGACCAUGGCCUCAUAAGGAAGAGACCAACCGUACCAGCCCUAGCAGAGAUCUUUCGGACUUGCCCACCCUGUGCUCCCUUUUCACGUGUUACACAAACACUGCUUUCAUUUGCUGCAUCCUCAGUUUUGGCUGUUCUUGCUCUCUGUCUGCCCCUUUCUAACAUCUGCAUUUCCCCAAAAAGUUUUGUUUAGAGGCUUAAAUUCUCUGGGCUUUUUACGCCCACUGCGCAAGAGGAGAGUAUAGGGUCACUGGGGAAUCAUCAGUAGCACAGUUCCCUUUUGGGGUGCUAUGAACGCAGUGAUGUGACAAUCUGAAAAGCCUCUCUUUGUGGCUUCUACAUUCAACUUUUUCCAUAAACUUUUAUGACCAGUUUGAAGACAAGGUGCUAGAGUCAGAUCCACGACACUUUGAAGUGAAGAUGGAAGGUGAAUCCAGCUAAUAAACCUUUGGGUGUCCUUAUUUUUAGCUAUUUUCUUUAAAGCCAGGGGGCAGAUGAGCUCAGUCCUUGCCCUGAGUGCCUGGAGAGGGACCAGUGGGAGCAGAAGUGUAUGAGGGGGGUUUGUAUUUGAAGCCACAGUGUUUCCUACUGCUCUCCCUUUGGUGCCCAUUCUAACUCUUGCAGUUUUCAAAUAUUGACACAGCUGCAAAGUGUUCCGGCCGGAGCUGGGCUCGUGCGCUGUUUGAAGCAUGUGCCCUCUGUCACAGCACAACCAGGAGAGAAGGGGGAACGACUGGGGGAAGGGGAGAAUCCAGGCCCCUAUUGCUUAAUCUGCUGACCUGUAACUGCCUUCUUUGUUCUGAGAUAAUAGGAGAGGAAAAAGUAGGAACAAUUAUGAAUUAGGAGGUCCUCAGAGAAAUACUGCUAACCUAACAGCUGAUCUGAGUAGGUAGGGGGAGGUCUGUGCUGUGCUGCACGUAUCACUUGGCUGCAGGAUAAACUUAGCUGGCUCAUCCUGACUGAGGAGCCCAUAGGUGGCUCCCACUGGGCACCUCAUGAUGAUGCCACCACCGUGUCUUUGUUUCUUAGAAGCAGCGUGUUCUUAUGUCAACAAUCUUUUGCUUGACAGCAAAACAUGAAUAAAAUCGUUUACUCCUAAAAAAUUUCUAUAAAAGCCCUGAAGACCAUGAUGCUGGUGAACAUCAACAUGGGUGGAAUCUGUGCAGCGUGCCAUGGCCUGACUAGAUAUCUCUCCGAUGCUGUACAACUUGGUGUUUGCAGCAUCUGAAGGGGUGUAGGAUUGUCUAAUGCUAUACCCUUUCUUGUGUUAUAUCCAACAAACAGUAUUUUAUUUAAUAUGUUAUGGGCUCUGAAGGCCUUUCUGACUGGGAUCCAUAACAAACACUUGCACCAGUGCAUUGCAUUUGGUGUAGUUGGCAGGAUCCUGGUGAGAAACGCCUUACUGGAAGAAGGAUAGCAAGGAAAAGGAUGGGUGCCUGCUUGGUCCCGCACACUGGCAUGGGGAACAGUCACACAGUAUGCUGCAUUAUAAUGCUGAUAAUCAUUUUGCUUUGGGGCAGCAGACACGUGGAUCACCUGGCUGGCUGGAGAUCCUGUGCACCUGUGACCCUUACACCUUCAGGCAGCAAGCACACGGGUCUCCAGGCUGGUGGGACUCCACCAUGCUGGCAGGGCUUCAUCAGGGCUUCAGGGUGCUGCUGCAAUGCUCUGGGGCGACAAGCGCACAUCCAUCUGUCAGAUGGUUGGGGUCCUUCAUGCUGGCAGCGCCUCACCAGGUAUCAGGCAUGCACGUAAACUUAAGUGUUACGCUUAAACCUUACACCACGGCCAGGGUUCAACCCUCAGCCAGCUUGUAAACUGGCUUAAACCUGACCAAGGUGUUUGAAUGAAAAGGCGGCAGCAGGUUGUGAGGGAAGGGGAUGAUUCCCCGGGUCCUGAAGUUCUGUGAGGGGAUGGGGGAUUCAUCCUUUGUAAUUGUACCUAAAGCGUUGCAAUUGAUGCAAUUGAUGAUCAAACUCUAUAGCCCACUUCAGGAAAAUAUUCAGCAAUACCCAAAGUAUUGAACCAGCAAACUGUAACCGUCAUAGAGCAGACAAAGGCCCAAGAAAAUAGGCCAAGGCCAAACCCUCUAUACUCUGCUCCCUGGAAGCUGGAAAAAUAGUUACAUAGGAAAUAAACAGCAAAGACUUUUUUCACUUAAAAAGAAGAGUCAACUCAUAGAGGGAAAGAGAUCAAAACUCCCAGCUGGGUUGGAAGCCAUAACUCUGGGAGGGUAGAGGUACAAAUCUUAACUCUUUUACCCUAAGAAAGAAAAUAGCAUCCAUCACUCAUAGGUGGGUGAAGGCAGAAAGAAAAUGAAAUGAUAAAAUUUACUUACAGGAAUGGUGAAUAGAUGGAAGAGUUAAAUGUUCGAGGGGUAGAAGUCAAAGCCCCUGGAGAGGUGAUAGCUGAUGCAUGCUGUCCUGCUGCAGAGGCUAACCACAGCAGUGGGAGAAACAGAGAGGAGCCCUAGAAGGGCGUUACAGAACAAGAAAAGGCUACAAAGAGCCAGCAUCUUUAAUUACUAACAUUGUUGAAAGAUACCAGAAGGGGAUGGAAAAACGUCCCAGGAUGUAGUUAAAAAUCUCCAAUUACAAAGCAAAACCAAUCAUAGAGUCAUAGAAUGGCCUGGGUUGGAAGGGACCUCAAAGAUCAUCUAGUUCCAACCCCCCUGCCAUGGGCAGGGACACCCUCCACUAGACCAGGUUGCUCAGAGCCCCAUCCAACCUGGCCUUGAACACUUCCAGGGAUGGGGCAUCCACAACCUCUCUGGGCAACCUGUUCCAGUGCCUCACCACCCUCACAGUAAAGAAUGUCUUCCUAAUACCUGGUCUAAAUCUAUGUAAAGAAAAAGUUGAAACUUAAGUGAUGGAUGUAACCUUGAGUAAUCUUGAGCUAAAAGGUUUCAGCAGUUACAGUUACCAACCCAAUGGCCCUGGUAGGUGGGUCUGUCCUGUUUCACAGAGGGAAAGAAGGAUGGCAACUGGAAAAGAAGCAGCCAGACAUAGUGACAGAAUGGUUGGAUUCAGUAAGGUGUUUUUUUUAAAACAAGUGUUUAAGCAACAGAAUUAAUGUAGGAACGAGAACAGAAGUAAGGUUAAAGGAACGUGACAUAGGUGAGUAUUAAAGGAUAUUCAUACCUGUUUGAUAACCAAGCUUAACUUCUGUCUUCUAGUGUUGCUUAAAGUUAACCCUAUAUAAUGCAUGAUACCGUGAAAGAUGCUUCAAAGGAAGGACAAGAAGAUGGUAAAAAUCUAUGCGUAAAUACAACAAUGUUGACUUAAACUGCAAUGCAAAGGCUGCCUGGUUAUUAUAAAGAAGAGACAGAGAGAUAUGCAGGAAUGAAAAUAAAAAAGUGACUGAGAGUAUUGGAAGCUCUUAUGAAGUGAAAUACUCCGGCGAUCCGCGUUACAAGUUGAGAUGAGAAGGUGCAGGCUGGUGCUGCACGUACAACUUGGCUGCAGGAUAAACUCAGCUGGCUAAACCUAACAUGGGGGAGCCUACGGUGCUUCUGCUUGGCACCUGGUGGUGAUGCCACCACCACGUCCUUGUCUUUAGCUUAGAGUGAGGCAGCAUAUUCUUAGGUGAACAUCCUUUUGAUUGACAGCAGAAAUGACAGAGUUCUUCUGAGAAAAUCCUAUAAAAACCUUUAAGACUGCAAUGCUGGUGAACCUCAGCACAGGCACUGUCUGUGCAGCGCAGCAUGGGCUGAUGCUGUACUACUUGGUGUUCCCAGCGUCUGAAGGGAUGUAUGAUUAUCUAAUGC